AUUUUUUUUUUCUUUUCUUUUCUAUAUUAACUGAUACCAUGUUUAUGCGACAUAUCAACGAAGUCAAGAUUGCCAUGUCUCCAUUCAACUCCUUAUCGAAAUCAUCAAGAUUGUUAUUAAGUCGAGUGAAUACUAAUGAAGCUAAGAAAGCCAAUCCUACCAUCAAGAUUGUGACCACAGUAUUAAAUGAUCCCAAGGCUCCUUCUCAAGUUGAUAUCGUAUAUCGUGAUGGCAACAAACUCUCAGUCAAGGCAGACCAAAUGAAUAUUGAUACUCUUAUGCAAACUGUCAACAAACAUGCAAAGAAAUUGGAAGAAAUCGAUCAAGCCAAUUCUUGGUAAAAAGAAAUCACAAAAAAAUCAUGCCAAACAUAUCAUCAAGCUCGAUUCAUCAACAACAACAUUUCUAUUGAAACCUUCCUUCCAUUCAUCUAUCAAAUGAACCUUAUUAUACAUAAUUUUUGACAUCCCUCCCUUUCGACAAACACAUAUAUACUCUCUAUCAUGUAACGUACUUCAUCUAGAAUACUAAGACAUAUCACUAUAUUUAUUUGAAUAGAAUCCAUCCUUUUUUUUUUACUGUAGAUAAGAAAUAAAAAUAAGAUAUUUUGAACUAU